CUUCAUAUCGCGAUGAAUCCUCCUCCAGGCCCUGCCUCCCUCUCUCCUCGGCGACCCGGUAGUCGAUCACAGACCACGUUGCGGGCCACGGAGAAGCGGCAGAACUAGACCAGCUUCCGGGACUCGUCAGGACGGCCGCGGCUCGGCUCGGACGCCCACGGGCACUAGUGACUGCUGUAAACUCUAUUUAAAAUGGGUGUGAAGAAGAAGAGAGACAUGCAAGUUGCUGCAUUGACCAUUUGUCAUCAAGACCUUGAAACGUUAAGAUCUUUUGCUGAUGUGGAAGGGAGAAAUCUGGCUUCUUUGCUGUUACAAUGUGCACAACUCACAGAUGGAGUGUCACAAAUCCAUUAUGUUAAACAGAUUGUGCCUUUCCUGGAGAAGAUAGAUAAAAAUGGUGCGUGUGAUCCCGUGGUUCGAAGUUGCUUCAGUGUUUUAGCAGGCAUUUAUCUUUCUUUGAGUCUAAAGAAUCCCUUGAAGAAAGUAUUGGCAAGUUCACUGAAUGGCCUACCUGAAUUUUGUCUGACUGAGGCUAUAUACAGUUUUACUUUUCGUCUUGAGGAGGAGUUGAAUACUACUGAUGUAUAUUCUUAUAGGAAAGUAUUUGACAAUCUGUCUUCCUGUAUGGAGAGCUUUAACUUGGGCAGAGCGAGUGUUGAUAAUCUGCUUAAAAGUGUGCUCCAUUUUCUGCAGAAGAGUUUAGUUGAGAUCCUGGAAGAAAACAGAAAAUUUGCUGGAAAUCAUAUUGUUCAAACACAGUUGAUGAAUGACUUAUUGGUAGGCAUUAGAGUUUCAGUGAUGUUAAUACAGAAAGUACAAAGUUUCCAGGGAAAUCUUUGGAAGACUUCCAGUUCUCCUGUAUGGCAAAGUAUGUGUAGGUUGCUGAGUAUUUUCACCAAGUUUUUAAGUGACGAUGACCUCCUACAGACUAUUCAGAGCACAUCUGGAUUAGCUGUUAUUCUUUUUGUUAAGACUAUGUUUCAUCCAUCUGAAAAAAUUCCUGAUUUGAUAAGCAGUGUGCUUCUCCGUUCAGUGGACUGCACCAGUGUCCCCGAGUGGUUCAUGAGCUGCUGCAAGAGCCUGUGUUGUGCCAGCCUCCCUGCAUCAGCUCUCUUAUUCCUGUGUCAGGGGACGCUGGCCAUGCUGGACUGGCAGGAUGGGAGCAUGGGCCUGCGUGGGGAGGCCCUGCUCUUAGAUACUGCACAUGUUUUGUUCACCUUGAAUUCACAGAUUAAGGAAGCGACGCUGGAGAUGUUUCUGUCUAGAAUCUUGGCAUCUUGGACUAAUUCAGCCAUGCAUGUCCUUGAAUCAAGCUCCUCAGGCCUCAAGGACAGUCUGAGUGGUAAUUCAGGCAUCGCUCAGAGCCUUUUGGAAUAUGUCUAUACCCAUUGGGAACAUCCAUUGGAUUCUCUGAGACAUCAAACCAAAAUCAUAUUCAAAAAUCUCCUCCACAUGCACCAGCUUACUGCAGAAGGGGCAGAUUCAGUCACUGAUCCUUUCUUUUUGGAAUUGACUGGGAAUCUUCUGCGAUUGGAAUGGCAUAUUAAAGGAAAGUACACAUGCCUUGGCUGUUUGGUAGAGUCUAUAGGAAUUGAACAUAUUUUGGCAGUAGAUAAAACCAUUCCAUCUCAAAUCUUAGAGGUGAUGGGGGACCAGUCAUUGGUACCUUAUGCAAGUGACCUCUUAGAAACCAUGUUUAAAAAUCAUAAGAAUCAUUUGAAAUCCCAGACUCUCAACAGUGCUUGGAUUGAUCAGUGGCAUGAGACUUGGGUUUCUCCUCUCCUUUUUGUACUGUGUGAAGGACACCUGGAUCAAAAAUCUUACCUGAUUGAUUAUUACUUGCCAAAAUUAUUGAAUUACAGUCCUGAAAGCUUAAAGUACAUGGUCCAGAUUCUUCAGGCUUCUAUUGAUGCUAAAACUGGGUCUUGUAAUAGCAGAGGGGCUCUGGGGGCUUUGGUGGCAUGUCUGCGAACAGCUAGAGCUCAUGGACAUCUUCAGUCUGCAACUGAUGCUUGGGAGAACCUUGUGUCCAGUGCAAGAAUAAAGCAAGGCUUAAUUCAUCAGCACUGCCAAGUACGAAUAGACACUUUAGGUUUGCUUUGUGAAAGCAAUCGAAGCACAGAAAUUGUGUCCACAGAAGAAAUGCAGUGGAUUCAGUUCUUUAUCACAUACAAUCUUAACAGCCAGUCUCCAGGAGUGCGGCAGCAGAUUUGCUCUCUCCUUAAAAAGUUGUUUUGUAGGAUACAGGAAAGUUCUCAGGUACUUUAUAAAUUGGAGCAAAGUAAAUCCAACCAUGAACUAGAGAAUGAGUCAAGAAAACAGCACCCUUCUGAUUCCUUACAGCAGUAUAAGAAAUUUAUGUCAUCUGUUUGUGACAGUCUUUUCGAAGCAUUAUUUCCUGGAUCUUCCUACUCAACUAGAUUUUCAGCUUUAACCAUUUUAGUCUCAAUAGCUGAAGUUUUUCCUGUUCAAGAAGAUGGAGUCCAGACAGUGUAUCAGCUGAGUCAUGAUAUUGAUGCUGGUCGUUUCCAAGCACUACUGGAAUGUUUUACCAGCACUUUUGAGGAAGUGAAAACUUUAGCAUUUGAUCUUCUGAUGAAGUUAUCAAAAACAGCUGUGCAUUUUCAGGAUUCCGAGAAGUUGGAAGGCUUGUUCCAGGCAGCACUGGAGCUCAGCACAAGCCCCAAACCAUAUGACUGUGUCACAGCUUCCUACCUGCUGAACUUCUUAAUCUGGCAGGAUGCGCUGCCAUCAUCCCUGCCUGCGUACUUAACCCAGCAAACUGCAUGCGAAGGUGGAGAUCAGUCUGCUGCUGUGGUGGAAAAGAACGCAUUAAUGGUUAUUAAAUGCUUGAUGGAAAAUCUUGAGGAAGAAGUAUCCAGGGCUGAAAACUCUCUGCUUCAGGCAGCCGCAGCGUUUCCAAUGUAUGGGCGAGUUCACUGCAUAACGGGAGCUUUGCGGAAGUUACCGCUAAACAGCCUGCAUCUGGUGAGCGAGUGGAGACCUGUGGUGGAGACGCUCAUCUCUCUAUCCUACAGGCUGUCUGCGGUGGUGUCCCCGGUCAUUCAGAGCUCCUCCCCUGAAGGCCUUGUCCCCAUGGACACUGAUUCAGAAUCAGCAAGCCGCUUACAGAUGAUUUUGAAUGAGAUUCAGCCACGAGAUACUAAUGAUUACUUCAACCAAGCCAAAAUACUGAACGAAUGUGAUAACUUUAACUUGGAGGACUUGACUGUCAGUGUGUUGACUCUUGAUACUUCUGCAGAAGUCAAAGGUAAAGAAGUAAAAACAUGUGAUGUAACUGCUCAGAUGGUCCUGGUAUGUUGUUGGAGAAGUAUGAAGGAAGUUGCUUUACUUUUAGGCACUCUGUGCCAAUUUCUGCCCAUACAGUCUGCGCCAGAAUCUUCUGAUGGAUUAUUAACAGUGGAGCAGGUAAAAGAAAUAGGAGGUUACUUUAAACAGCACCUUUUACAGUCCAGGCACAGAGGAGCAUUUGAACUGGCUUAUACCGGUUUUGUGAAACUCACUGAAAUACUAAACAGGUGCCCUGAUGUGAGUCUGCAAAAGCUGCCGGAACAGUGGUUAUGGAAUGUUUUGGAGGAAAUUAAAUGCAGUGAUCCUUCCUCUAAACUCUGUGCCACAAGGCGCAGUGCUGGAAUUCCUUUCUACAUACAGGCGUUGUUGGCAUCAGAACCAAAGAAAGGCAAAAUGGAUUUGUUGAAAAUAACAAUGAAGGAGUUAAUCUCUUUGGCUGGGCCUACAGAUGACUCACAGAGCACAAUCCCCCAGGUUCAUGCUUUAAACAUCCUUAGAGCUUUGUUCAGAGAUACACGACUGGGAGAAAAUAUUAUUCCUUAUGUUGCUGAUGGAGCUAAAGCUGCAAUUCUGGGCUUUACAUCACCUGUCUGGGCAGUGAGAAAUUCAUCCACACUUCUCUUUAGUUCCUUGAUCACAAGAAUUUUUGGAGUUAAAAGAGGAAAGGAUGAACUUUCCAAAACAAAUAGAAUGACAGGAAGACAGUUUUUCUCCCGCUUUCCAGAACUCUAUCCUUUUCUUCUCAAUCAGUUGGAAACUGUGGCCAAUAAAGUGGACAGUGAUGUGGGAGAACCAGACCGUCAUCCCAGCAUGUUUCUUUUACUUUUGGUGUUGGAGAGACUCUACCCGUCCCCAAUGGAUGGCACUUCUUCUGCCCUCAGCCUGGCCCCUUUUAUUCCCUUCAUUAUGAGGUGUGGUCACUCACCUGUCUACCGCUCCCGUGAAAUGGCAGCUCGUGCCUUGGUCCCAUUUGUUAUGCUAGAUCAAAUUCCUAAGACCAUCCAAACUCUAUUGGCCACACUCCCCAACUGCACUGACCAAUGUUUCCGGCAGAACCAUAUUCAUGGGACACUUCUCCAGGUUUUUCAUUUGUUGCAAGCCUACUCAGACUCCAGACACAGAACGAAUUCAGAGUUCCAGCAGGAGCUGACUGACAUCACUGUUUGUACAAAAGCCAAACUCUGGCUGGCCAAGAGGCAAAACCCAUGUUUGGUGACCAGAGCCGUGUAUAUUGAUAUUCUCUUCCUGUUGACUUGCUGCCUCGACAAACCCACACAGGGCCAGCAGCCAGUUCUGGAGAGUCUCGGCUUCUGGGAAGAAGUCAGAGGAAUCAUUUCAGGAUCAGAGCUGAUAACAGGAUUCCCUUGUACCUCCAAGGUGCCAGGCCUGUCCCAGUACCUCCAGAGCCUCACCAAACUAGCCAUUGCUGCAGUGUGGGCAGCAGAGGCCAAGGCUGGAGAGCAUCCAAGGGAUGUUCCGAUCUCCCUCUCUCAGCUGUUGGAGUCGUCCUUUCCUGAAGUGCGCCUGCUGACCCUGGAGGCCCUGUUGGAAAGGUUGUCUUCAGUAGCCUGUGGCUCAGAAGAGAAAGAACUGCAACCCUUGCUGUGCAAUAUGGGCGAGAAGUUCCUGCUGUUGGCAAUGAAGGAAAAUUGCCCAGAAUGCUUCUGCAAGAUACUGAAAAUUCUCCAUUGCUUGGACCCUGUUGAGUGGCUUCCCCAGACAGAACACUGUGUCCAUCUAACCCCAAGGGAGUUCCUGAGCUGGACCAUGGAUAUUGCUUCCAAUGAAAGAUUUGAAAUUCAGAGUGUAGCUCUGAGACUUGCCUCCAAAGUGAUUGCCCACCACCUGCAGGCACAUGAAGAGAGCAGGCACUCCAUAGCCCCGGAGCUGAAGCGGUGGGUUCGGCUGGUGGUCCUGUCCUGUGGAGACCAUCUGCCCACAGAGUCCAGGCUGGCUGCUGCGCACGUCCUCACCAGCACCACGCCGCUGUUCCUCACCAACCCCCAGCCCCCUCUAGAGUUGCAAGACACACUUGCUCUCUGGAGGUGUGUUCUCAACCUCCUGCAGAGCGAGGAGCAAGUCGUCAGAGAUGCAGCCACGGAAACCGUGACGACUGCCAUGUCACAAGAAAAUACCUGCCAGUCAACAGAAUUCGCCUUCUGCCAAGUGGACGCCUCCAUCGCUUUGGCCCUGGCCCUGGCUGUCCUGUGUGACCUGCUCCAGCAGUGGGACCAGCUGGCUCCUGGACUGCCCAUCCUGCUGGGGUGGCUUUUGGGAGAGGGUGACGAGCCCGUGGUCUGUGUGGAGAGCACAGAUCAGGUGGAAGACGACCACCUGUUCGAGAAGGCGGAGGUCAACUUCUGGGCCGAGCCCCUGAUGUUUGUGAAGCACCUCUGCAAGCACCUCCACAGUCUGCUCUCCAAGACCGGCUGGCGCCCCCCCAGCCCCGACUGGCUGUGUCACCUGCGGGGGACGCUGUCGGGGCAGCGCCAGCUCCUGGCCCAGCUCUUCAGAGAGCUCCCGCCCGCUGCAGAGUUUCGGAAGACAGUGGAGUUCGGCAGACUGCGUGUUCAGGAGGAGAGGACUUUGGCUGGCCUGGGGCUGCUGGCCUCUCUGGCCGGGCAGGGAGGAGCCCCAGCUCCCGGGGCUGCGGGAGCCCCCGCAGAGGCGAGUCAGCAGACCCUCCCGGGAACAGAAAGGGUGUUGAAGAGAAGAGACAGGGGGCCGGGGGUGCCUGUUGGAAACGUGUUGAACAGAAAGCUGGUUUUUCUCCGCUCCAGGCCUGGCCCACUUCCGUGGCUGGUCCAGUGUUCCGUGGCUUCUUUCUUACUGAGGAGUGUUCCCUCAGUUCAUUCAUCCCAGGCAGCCUCGUUUAUUGCAGCUACUGUAGGAAGUGAGGCUGCCCCGCUGAAUCUUUCCUCUGUUCCCAGGUGCAGGCCACCUGCAGGCCUGCGGGAGCCUCUUCCGUCCCCCGGGGCCUCUAACAUCCAAGCGUAGCCACCCAGCAUUUCUGUGAAUCGACUACACAGAACUGAGUUCUAACACACCCAUGAGCCCCGCCGCCCCUUCUGGCUGUUUGUAGGCGCUGGAGUCGUUGGCAAACAGCCCAAUUGGUCAGGUUUCUAAAUUUUAUUCCAUUUUAGCAAAGUAGAAAUAUGUUCCACAUGUUGGAUCCUGGGAGAAUUAAGUAAGGAUCAACCUCAUAGAAAUAAUUUUGUUUUUAUUGUCUGCAUGUAUAAGUCCUGCAGUGACCUACACAUUCCAUCCUAAUUAUUCAAAGAGCCAUUGAGAGCUCCCCUAACCACCCCCACCCCAUACCUAUGCGAAUGCUAGGAAACCUGACUUUGGCACGUGGUGAAAGCAAAUUGGAAGGAACCUGGAGAAAGAGAGCCAGAGUAAAGAACUCAAUGCCUAUACUGUGUACCAUCAUUUGUUUGGUGGCAACAAGAACGAUUCCCAUCUAAGACCCGGGGAAACACAGUUCUCCAUUGCACUGAUCUGUUCUGAGAAACCUUAGGGUUUUCUGUUUUUCCAAGUCCAGCCCAAGCACUCUUCCUGACACAGCCAGCAGGUGGCGCUCUUGCAUACUUUUUGCUGCUGCUCUUUUUUCCUUAAUCUAUAAUUUCAGAGUAAAUGUUUCCCACAGGCUGUUAUCUUGAAAUGCAUAGCUUAGAUGGGCCAUAGCUUCAUCCACAUUCAUUUUCAGCCUAGGUAUCUGAAAAGGCCAUUUUGCUCAUAGCCUAUAAACCAGUUCAAGGUUUUAGGCUCUGUAAAUAUUUUUAAGUACUUCUCAGAGGGGAGGUCAUUUCAAAGGAUCUUUUUGUAUGAGGGUCUGACGGUGCACGUUAGAGAAGAGGGAUUUUCACAUGUCCGUCUCCUGCGGCAGAAAAGGUGACGUCUCGAGUGUAAUCUGUCUCUGGAAGAAGCUCGCUGCCACUGACAUGCAGCCAAGGCCGAAGCACAAAGGCCUCCGCAGCAGGGCAGGAAGAAAGUUAACUCAGCACCAGAGUCCUGUCCUAAAGCGAACAGGAAACUCCCUGGCUGGUUUUGCAACCAGGCAGCCCCAAAUGUGGUUUUUUUGUGAUCCUGAAAUAAUUACCUAGCUAGGCAUCUGUGUAGCCCACACCUGAUGGAAAGUUGCCAACCUCACACUUUUCUGUUCUAAGACCUGCCUGGUGAGAAGUCAGGGCCUUAGUGGCGUGACGUGGUGAUAAGCACGGGAGAAUAAUGACAAACCCGGCCCAGCAAAGCCCAGCUCACUGGAAAAGGCCAGUGCUCCUGUUUUCUCCAUUUCAAGUGAAAUAAAAGCAGUUACAUAAC